GGUGGAACCCUGUUGACCAUCAGUGGAACUAACCUGGCCACCAUCAGAGAGCCUAAGAUCAGAGCCAAGUAUGGCUCCGCCGAAUCCUUCCAUGUGAGUAUGGACCUGGCCCAGACCCCUUCAAAAACACCUCACUCACACACACCUCAUCGCCUGGUGUGUCUUCCAAGGGUGGCCAUCAGACUGUCUGCCAAUUCUGUCUCCUGUUUCUACCCUGCUCCUUGAAACAAAACAUCCAACACUCCCCCAGGCCGUUUAACCUUUAAAAUGUCCCAGGAUGACAAAGCUGUGUUGGCAAAUCGCCCCUCACCCCCUCACCUUGCACCAUGGGGCUCCAUUAACCUUUCCUCCAGUUCUACUGGAAGGGAAUCAACUUCUGCUUAAUGACCUUGUCCUAAUGGCUCGUCCCUUGUGCUCAGUUCAAACUAGCUUUUACUAUAGACACAAUGCUGUGUUGGUUAGCAUGUUAAGUGGUCCAUGUAGAGAAGCAUACAACAUAGGUGAAGUGAUUAUUACAGUUCUGAAUCUACUAGCAAUGUCUGGAGACAUAAAAGCCAACACAGCAAAGCAGUAAUAUUUUCCUAGAAUGUUUAGCUGGGAAUUAGAGAAACUGUAAUGAGAUUCAUAAAACCAAUAUUUGUAUGGGUUUUUAAGUAACAUGGGUCCUCUAGGGCAGUAGUCUCAACUGGUUUUGCCUCAGGUCCCAAAUUUAACCAGGUUGUCUCAGUCGCGACCCAAUAUUAGCAUUGCGGGAAAGAAUCCCCAAAAUCUGGAAAUGUAACAAGGUGAGUAGGACGGAGCCAGGUGCAGGAGGUUGAAUCAUAUAAUAGGGUUUAUUAGGCCAAUACAGCAGUCCACAGCAAUGUGUAAACCAAAUACAGUGAGACUUAAAUGCGUACUGGGAAAACAAAACACACUGUGAAUAUCCCGGCGAUAAAAUUAACAUAAUGCUCAACACGAGCUAGCGACAGCUCCACAUGGAACAAUAACACACAAAGACAUGGGGUAGCAGAGGGAAUAAUUAUACAGAGACUGAUGAGGGGAUACGAACCAGGUGUGUGUGAAAAACAAGACAAAACAAAUGGAAUGAUGAAAAGAAGAGCGGCAGUGGCUAGAAGGCCAAUGACGACGAACGCCGAAUCCUGCCCGUACAAGGAGAUGAGGCAGCCUCGGAGGGUGUCGUGACAGUACCCCCCCUUGACACGCAGCUCCAGCAGCGUGCCGACACCGGCCCCGGGGACGGCAGGAGGACGUGGAGCAGGGCGAUCCGGAUGGUGACUGUGGACCCAGCACCGCUCUUCCGGACCAUACCCCUCCCACUCCACAAGGUACUGAAGGACCCCCGCCCGACGCCUCGAAUCCAGGAUGGAACGGACGGAGUACGCCAGGGCCCCCUCAAUGGAACCUCCCGCACCUCAGACUCCUGGAGCAGACCAGCCACCACCAGCCUGAGGAGAGACAUGUGAAAUGAGGGGUUAAUACGGUAAUCAGGAGGGAGCAGCAACCUAUACGUAACCUCGUUCACUCUCCUCAGGACUUUGAAUGGCCCCACAAACCAUGGGCCCAGCUUCCGGCAGGGCAGGCGGAGGGGCAGGUUCCGGGUUGAGAGCCAGACCCGAUCACCCGGUACAAAGACCGGGGCCUCACUGCGGUGGCGGUCAGCGUUGGUCUUCUGGUGAAGCACAGCGCGCUGGAGGUGGACAUGGGAGGCAUUCUACGUCUCCUCCGCACGCUGAAACCAGUUGUCCACCGCAGGAGCUUUUGUCUGGCUCUGAUGCCACAGUGCCAGGACCGGCUGAUACCCUAAAACACAUUGAAAUGGUGACAUGUUAGUGGAGGAGUGGCGGAGAGAGUUCUGGGCAAAUUCGGCCCAUGGCAAGAACACCGACCACUCCCCUGGCCGGUCCUGGCAGUAGGACCGCAGAAACCUACCCACAUCCUGAUUCACCCGUUCAUUAGAUUCGUGGUGAAACCCAGAAGUCAGGCUGACCGAGACCCCCAGACGUUCCAUGAACGCCUUCCAAACCCUAGACGUAAACUGGGGACCCCGGUCAGACACUAUGUCCUCUGGCACCCCGUAGUGCCGGAAGACGUGAGUAAAAAGGGCUUCUGCAGAACCUUAGGCAAGGUAGACCACCAGUACUUCCCGGUAAGGCAGCGCACUGUAUGGCCGAUGCUUGGGUGACCAGAGGAGGGGGACAUGUGUGCCCAAUAGAUAAGACGAUCACGGACACUAGACGGCACAUACCGAAGCCCAGCUGGGCACUGAGGUGGAGAUGGCUCUGUGCGUAACGCCCGCGUCCACCGCCCACACCACCGGCGCCACAAUGCAGGAGGCCGGGAGUAUGGGGGUGUUAUCAAUGGGCCUCUCCUCUGUGUCGUACAGCCGUGACAGUGCGUCUUCCUUUACGUUCUUAGUGCCUGGUAUAUAGGACAGCAUGAAAUCAAACCGGGUGAAGAACAAGGCCCACCUGGCCUAGCGAGGGUUCAGCCUCCUCGCUGCCCAGAUGUACUCCAGGUUACGGUGGUCAGUCCAGACGAGGAAAGGGUGUUUAGCCCCCUCGAGCCAGUGCCUCCAUGCUGUCAGGGCUCUGACAACAGCCAACAGCUCCCGAUCACCAACGUCAUAGUUCUGCUCCGCCGGGCAGAGCUUCUUAGAGAAGAAGGCACAGUGGCGGAGCUUGGGUGGCAUGCCCGAGCGUUGGGAUAGGACAGCUCCUACCCCUACCUCGGAUGCGUCCACCUCCACUACAAACGGCAAUGAGGGAUCGGGAUAGACCAGUACCGGGGCUGAGGUGAACAAAGCCCUCAGGGUACUGAAAGCCCUGUCAGCCUCAGCAGACUAGCGUAGCCGGUGACAGCCCACCCUUCAAUUGCGAUGUGAUGGGGGAUGCGACCUUGCCAAAGCACCGGAUAAACCUCCGAUAGUAAUUGGCAAAGCCAAUGAAUCGCUGCACCUCCUUAACCGUGGUUGGAGUCUGCCAAUUACGCACGGCUGAAAUGCGGUCUCCCUCCAUCUCCACACCUGGUGGUGAUGUGGUAUCCGAGGAAGGAGACGGAUUGUUGGAAGAACAGACAUUUUUCUUCCUUUGCAUACAGGUCAUGCUCCAACAGUCACCCGAGCACUCUGCGAACCAGGGACAUAUGCUCGGCGCGUGUAGCGGAAUACACCAGGAUUUUAUCGAUGUAGACCACCACACCACGACCAAGCAUGUCCCGAAACACCUCGUUCACAAAGGACUGGAAGACUGAUGGAGCAUUCAUUAACCCGUACGGCAUCACCAGGUAUGCAUAAUGCCCUGUGGUGGUGCUAAAUGCUGUCUUCCAUUCAUCCCCUUCCCAAACACGCACCGGCUUGUACGCACUCCUGAGAUCUAAUUUCGUGAAGAAGCGCGCCCCAUGCAUUGAUUCGAUCAUAGAGAAAAUUAGGGGUAGAGGAUAACUAUAGCAAAUUGUAAUUUUAUUAAGUGCAUGGUAAUCAAUGCAAGGGCGCAGACCCCUGUCUUUCAUCUUCACGAAAAAUAAACUAGAGGACGCGGGUGAAGUGGAGGGACGUAUGAACCCCUGACUCAGGGACUCGGAGACGUAUGUUUCCAUAGCCCCUGUUUCAGCCUGUGACAGGGGAUAUACAUGACUCCUGGGCGGCACAGCGUCUAACCGGAGGGUUAUCGCGCAAUCCCCCGAGCGAUGGGGUGGUAAUUUGGUCAGCCUGCGUUUUGGAAAAGGUAUGUGCCAAAUCGAGGUAUUCGGGGGGGAUGCGCAUGGUGGAGGCAUUGUCUGGACUUUCCACCGUGGUCGCACCAACGGAAACAGCUAGACACCUACCCUGACACUCUCGCGACCACACCGUGAGAGCCCUCUGCGGCCAUGAAAAGGUGGGGUCGUGUAGUGCUAGCAUGGGAAGGCCCAACACAAGAGGGAAAUCAAGGGACUCAAUAAUAUGAAACGUGAUUUGCUCAUUAUGGGUCUCCUGCGUAAUCAUAGUGACUGGUGCGGUAACCUCCCUAACAAAACCUGACCCUAAUGGUCGAUUGUCAAGGGCUUUGACGGGUUAAAUUCAAUUAUUUAAAUAUGUAAAUUCACUAUCAUUUCUACAAAUGUUCUACCUGGAUUAGGCUUUCAGUUUACUCUUGAAAGUUGUAAUAGUAGAAUGCACAAGGUGCAAUUUCGAAAUUGGGUAGUGCAUCAGCAGUUUUCCUCUUGUCAUGUCAGUCAUUGCGGACCUUAGAGAGAUAUUUAUAACUUGUCAGAAAUGUCCAGAUCAACUAGCCCAUGUCAGCUAAAGGUUUUUUAGCGCAUUGAUUUUGUUGUAAUGUUUGAGUCACUCAGAUAUCUCAUAAGACAUGGCAGAAUGUGUUCCCCAAUGAAGCAAGGAGAGCCCGAGUGAAAAAGUUUGGGAACCACUGCUGUAGGGGAACAUACAAUUUGUCAUCUCACACUUUUCUAAUUUAUUUAAUUUUCUCUUUUCCUUCCCCCGUCCCUCUCAGAACUGCACAGUGUUUAAUAACUCAGUGAUGGUGUGCCUGGCCCCGUCGGUUACCGACUCCGAGAGGGGCUUCUCAGACACGGGCAGUGGGCCGGAUGAGAUCGGCUUCUACAUGGACAACGUCCACGCUCUGGUGGUGGUCAACGAGACAUUCAGCUACUACCCUGACCCCGUGUUCGAACCCCUCAGCCCCACCGGGGUCCUGGAACUCAAACCCACCUCCCCUCUCAUCCUCAAGGUAAGAGAGGCUGAGUGCCAGCAGGGCAGAGUGGUUGGAGCAGGGGGUGAACACUGAGGACCAGAGGGGCUCAGUAAUUUCAAUGAGUCACAGAAAUUGAUAUUUUCAAGUGUCUACCAGGGAAUUAUCUUUCACCUGUCUGUCUUAUAAAUCAUUUAUGUAAUUGUAUUUGUUUAUCCCUAUUGAAAUACAGUGUAUAAACCUACUAUUACAUAAAAUAUAUUUUUAGGUUUUUGGAUUACAGCAAAUGUAAUCCACUGGAUUAUUCGAGGUAGAUUAUACAAUGUUACAUGUAUCCCUUAGCUCCAACUCUAAACAUCAAAAUUGUGAUGGUUGUGAAUCAAAUUAUCCUCUGAACCAAUAUAAAAAACAACAACAUAAGAACCAUCAUUUAUUUGUUAAAUGAAAAUGAAAUGUAUUAACUAAAUCUUUUCUGAUUGCAGAGAGAUUCCCCCACCUGGUUUGUUAAAACUAACCUUCACAUUAGCACAGUGAUGAGAAUAAGAAAAUGUAAUUUGCUGAAAUAAUCAGGGUUAUUUUACGAGAUGCGCAUCGCAUUCGCCAUGCAGUUAAUUUUUCAUCUGGUGCGCGGGGUGGGGUGUUGGGUGCAUGGCUGAUGCAGGGUGAAUUGAUCGUGAAUAGAAUGCAUGCCUAAAGUGUUCCAGGGCGUGACCUGCCUGGGAGGAGCCCUGUGGAGAGAGGGAUUGGAAGACUGAGUCUUCUCCUCUCUCAUGCUGCUAGAGCAGUGGGUGGCACAACAGCUCUCUCUAUCUCUCUCUCCCCCCACCUGCUCUUCUCCGCCACCCUUCUGUUGUUGCUGCUCUCUCUCUAGAGUUGAAGGCUACAGGGCUCAAUGGCCUCGCUCUCACACCUAGGCAAAGAGAGAUGCUUGGACAAAAAUAUAUGUUUUCCAAAGCUUUUGUCAGAUUGAAAUUGUGCGACCUCCAACAACGGCUCCAAAUGAGCCCCGCCAAAGUCUGUUACAUUAUAGAACAUAUCUUGCCUCGCUACCAGUGCACGGCUUUGUGUGGUUCAUUCUGUGCCUGGCCUUGGUUGAAAGGAUUGGGUCAGACAAAAAUUCUGAAACAUUUGACACUGUGUUUUUGUGUGUUUCCUUCCAGGGUCGUAACCUAAUCCCUGCAGCGCCUGGUAACUCCAGGCUGAACUACACGGUGUUCAUCGGGGAGACCCCCUGUGUGCUGACCCUGUCUGAGACCCAGCUGCUGUGUGAAUGGCCCAACCUCACUGGACAGCACAAAGUCACAGUGAGCACUCACUCUAUACCAUUUUAUUUCACAUGGCACACUGUCUCCCUUGACUUUACUGUGUUUUAUGUAACCUUUGUAUAUACUCAAAAUGUGUUUGCCUAAUUUCAGUGCACUACUUUCUAGAUAUCCUCAAAUACACACACAGUCGCCUCCAAACUUAUCGCACUAUCUGUGUGACAUUUACUAGUCUGGAAAGACAUUGAAAGUACUGACAUGUAAUUCAAUAUGAUGGCUCUCCAAACUACCAGUACACUUGGACCUGGAUUCUUUUUUCUUUGCAACUAAAUGUCAUGUUGAAUAUUGAAGAAAUACACUUUUCAAGGGUUGGUAUAGUAAUUCAUUCCUCUUGACAGUGGCAUUUUAAAAAUAGAACUGUCUGUUUCCAUCCUCUCUGUGCUGUGUAUGUAUGUGUGUGUGUGUGUGUGUGUGUGUGUGUGUGUGUGUGUGUGUGUGUGUGUGUGUGUGUGUGUGUGUGUGUGUGUGUGUGUGUGUGUGUGUGCGCUGUGGGGUGGGCUGGGGAGAAGGGCACAGCUGUGUGUUCUAUUGCCUCUGUAGAGUGACCUACAUACAGGGGACCCCAGUAGGCGUCCGGCCCGCCGCACAAGGCUAUGUCUCUGUAUGUGUGCCAAGUCUGGUUUGUGUGUGUGUGCAUGUUGUUUUGUUUGCCCCCUCAGAUGCACAGCUGUGUGUUGGCGGCUGUGCCCCCUGCAAGUUUUCUAAGAAACUUUUUAUGGCUUAAGGUUUUUCUGUUCUCAUCAGUCCCUUCCCUGUCAAUACAAUAGAAAAUAGAUGAUGUUUAGAAACUGUCAUCAACAGGAGGAACUUAUAGCACCUGAACCAAAACAACCCAAUUUUACAAGUCUUUAACAUUCUUUGACUGUGUUAACUUGAUACUUUAAAGUGCAGUAAUCAUAGCUCAUUGAAUACUUAUCAACCCCCCACUGAAUACUUUGAUUUGAGAUAUUCCAGUGAUGGGUUCACUCAGACCUGCUGCGUUUAUGUAAAUGUGGUUUGUUAGAACCCAUUCCCUGUGUUUUACUCCUAUUAAUGACUUUGGUUCCUGAGGGGUUGAUUCUUUCACUGUAGUGAUUGCUUUGUUUGAUUAGCACUGUGACGUGUUUCUCUAUGUUUUUCUGUGUGUGUGUUCAGAUCCGGGUGGGUGGGUUCGAGUACUCCCCUGGGACUCUCCAGAUCUACUCAGACAGCCUGCUGACCCUGCCCGCCAUCAUCGGCAUCGGGGGAGGUGGUGGUCUGCUGCUAUUGGUCAUCAUCGCUGUGCUCAUCGCCUACAAGAGGAAGUCCCGUGAUGCUGACCGCACCCUGAAACGCCUGCAGCUACAGAUGGACAACCUGGAGUCCAGAGUGGCCCUCGAGUGUAAAGAAGGUACGGACAGUCACACAUAUCCCUCUCUCUCUCCCCCUCACUCUCCCUCUUUCAUAAUCACUCUCUUAUUCUCUUUCUGUGUGUAUAUGUCACUGUGCUGUAGCUGCACUCUGUCCAGUCGUCAUGGUAACAGGUUGGUGUGGCUGAUGCGAGAGGGCUGCUUGCUCCUUGGUGGUGUGGUCGCGGUAUCCUCUGAAUGUGUGAGUGUGUCUGUGUGUUGUGUGGACAGCCAAGUUGGUGUUGAGGUGCGUCUAUGCUGCCCACUGAGAGAUGGACGGAGACUAAUUGGUCAUUAUCUGUGGAUUGCCAUCCGGAGGGUCAUAGCCUUGUCAGUCUCAGCCCACAGCUCAGCCUGUCACCAAACUGAUGGAUACAGAGAUGGGGAGGAGAAGUCUGGCAGGGAGAGAGAGAAGAGAGACAGGGACUAUGUGGGGUCAGAUGGAACAGUACAGGGGACAUUGGAGAGUGAUUGAUUUAAAGCUUUAAAGCUCCUGUUACUCGACAUGUAUACCUGAUAUAAUUAGCAUUCUUGCCACACAUGCUCAAAACAAUACACAUGCCAUGAUUUAUUUACAACAAACACAGCAGCAGCACACAACAGACAUGAGUUCCUUUACACACCAGUCUCAGAACUGACAGACCAGCAGCACCAGAUAGUAAUCUACACCUCUGCCUCUGUAGCUGGGAAGUUUGGGCAACGAUGUGAGGGAAAAACCCUGAGUGCCACCAGGAAGUGGAGCGUUGCUGUGUCCCCACCCCCUGCCCCGCCCCUCCUGCUGGAGGCCCAGCCGGGCUAUGCUACCCAGGCGAUGGGGAUGGGCGGUGCAGCAGACGGGGGGGCGGGCCUGGUUGCGGGGAGGUGGGCAUGUCCCACUAAGUGUCAGUCAGCAGGGGAGGGGAGGAUUGGAUGAUAGGAGACGUGGAGCUCAAUGAGACGUGCUGUAAGGGCCAUCAGAGAGCAGUGUAAUCCAAACAAACACACAGACAAAACUAACAGUCACACGACUAAUGGCCCAUUAACAACAGAUUAGAUGCUGCUGCAACUGUUGAUGGGUAGAAGAUCUGUUGUGUAGUUUACUCUGCUGGAUGUAAUGGUUGCUUUGGCACGGUGCUUCGACACAACAAACUCAAUAGAAUGAAGGAUAACUAUUUUAUUUACUAAAUUAAUGGAAAGUCUAGAUUCAGCCAGACACAUUCCCUGUCAACAGAAUGUUUUAUUAUUCACAUAAUAACUUUGAUAGUUAUUUUAUCUCUAUGAAUAAUUGGACCCAUACUGAAAGGCCCAUAUAUGCAUGAUAAUAAAGCCUUAAUUAACCUGUAGGAAUCGUGCAGUCUGUAUAAUAUUUGAGUGGCUGCUGCACUGUAUGUAGAAAUAGAGAUGCCCUUACAGAAGGGGGAGCUUAGCACUCUACUAUUAGCAUCCCAGUGGACGAUGCAGUCCAAUAACAGCUGGAGGAAAUGCUGCAUAAAAUGCAUUGCUCCUUUAUUAAUUAUCCACUCAUGUAAUUCAUUGACUUUCUUUCCGAUGAACUUUGUUUUCUCUUUUUUUCUUUCCAUCGUCUCUCUCCUUUUCUGUAACAGUUUAUUUUCUUACGUUUAGCUCUUCUCUUGAAUUACCAACAAGUAUGGAUUAAAUUCAAAAACACAACAGAAGAAUGAAAUCAACAUUCUAUCCCUCUGUCUUUUUCUCUAAGCCAAUUAGUGCAGUAUUGGUGUGGUGGUAUAUGUUUGCUGUUGACAUUGAUUAUACUGUGCAACACACAGUUGUAACAUUGGAAUACACACACAUACAGUGUAAUGAAGAUACAGUACUUCCAGAAUAUCCUUCUAUGUCCAUUCUUACCCAGUGCAACUGGCUGUGCAUCGCUGUGUUUAAGUGUCUAUAUCAUAGUAAGGUAAUUCUCUGUCUGUGUGUUCCCUCAGCCUUUGCAGAGUUGCAGACAGACAUCCAUGAGCUGACCCAGGAGCUGGACGGAGCGGGCAUCCCCUUCCUUGAGUACAGGACCUAUGCCAUGCGUGUCCUCUUCCCUGGCAUCGAAGAUCACCCCGUGCUCAAGGAGAUGGAGGUACGGGUCAAGGAGGUACACCACCACUGCCAUCGCAGCAUGUAGAAUAGAAUAUCUACACCACUAUCUAUACUAAUCUGUAUCUAUAUCUAUAUCUAAUACCCCACACUCUGCAUGUUAGAGGAAACCUUUGACUCACCAAAAUCCCAUGUCACAGCCCGGGAAGGUACAGAGAACUGUAUGUAUGUAGCAUGAUAUCAUUUCAUACAGGCUAUCAUUAAGCCAAUGAAAUGGUCAUAUGAUAUGGCUAUAAUCAUUUCAUAUACAGUAUCUUCACGUAGGAGCUUCUCUCUCGUCAUGUAUCAAUGUCAUUACAUAUAUUUCAAAUAUGCUACUAGAUCCCACCUGGUUCAGCAUGAAAUAUAUGCAAAUGCCUGUCAGAAUACAGUGUAGAGACUCUCUACCUCCCCUCCCUGUCAACCACAGGCUCUUCUAAAGGGGAGGUAUCGGGGAGGGAUUACAUCUUUAUUGUUAUGUCCGUAUUUCUUUUCCACUGAAUUUCCCCUCGGGUGCCAGGCGUAAUCAAGUGUCCAUACACACGGCUCAAUCCCUUAUUGCUCUGUGUAGCUGCUCUCCCCAAAGCAACCUACAGUACCCAUGCUGCUCCCCCAGAGGACCCAGAAUUUCAUUUAGCUCCACUGAGGAAAAUUGAGGCACUUUAUUAGGCCGUGUAGUGGAAGGAAGAGAGAUUCUGUGAAGUCAGAGCGCAUGGUGUAUGGUACGGCGGUCCUCGAUUGGCUACAGGACUAGAUGUGUUUCAGAGUUAUGAGGUCAGACGAGGAUCAUGGGAGGCAUGCGGGCGGGGGGAUGGGGAUGGAGCCAGGCGAUUGGCUAAUGGAGGAGGAAGUGUUUUUUCAUAAAGACAGAGACAGUACUUUGAUUUGAUUUUCCUUUUAUUAACACGUACUGGGUGUUGUUUAGGCAUAACAUUAUGCCGUAAGCCUUGCAGAAUAUACUAGAUGUUUGUCUCCCUUUUUAUUAAGAGACACUACCCUUGUUUUUCUGAGCAGUAGCACUGCCUUGUCUAUGUGAGAGAGUUAGAGUGAAGGAUUGUGGGUCAGGUCUAGAGGGGGCCGUAGCAUUGCUGAUGAGAAGUGACAGAUGCCAGCCUAUGGAACAAGCUUCUGUCACCCAGCCACCCUCGGACACACAGCACUGCACAGGUCCUCUCCUUUCUACGCCCCAGUGCAUCCCCCCUUCCUUUUCCUCCUCCCUCCUUCCUUUCUGUUUUCUCCUGUGCUCAGCUGACGACUUAGGGCAAAUUGAUCAUAAGACAUUUUAAGAAACAUCUCCUAAGAUCGAAUGCACUGUACUUGUGCUCGUGACAAUAAACUUGAAACUUGAAAAUGCACUGCAGGCUUUAAAAGCAGCUACGGUCAUGAAUGUAAAUCUAACAAUGGCCUCAUAGGCCAAGAUGUCAGGUCUUGCAUACAUUACAUAGCCAUGCUCUAAAUAAUGCUUAGAUCAGUUAUUGUUGUGUUAUUGACAUUAGUCUUACUCCAUGUAUUUACAUUAUACCAUUUACAUUAGCCCUACCCCACAUAAAAAACAGUUUACUAUAGAAUACUACAGUACUUACUAGAAUUAUGUAGUAAACUGUAGUAUACUGUAGAAUACUAUAGUAAAUACUACAGUAUCCUACAGACUACAAAAACACUACAGUAAAUACUACAGUAAUGUCCGCAAAAACACUACAGUCCGCAAAAACACUACAGUAAAUACUACAGUAAUAUUACAAAAACGCUACUGUCCGCAAAAACACUACAGUAAUUACUAUAGUAUAUUCUACAGUAUUUAAUUUGCCUAUACCCUGCCCAUUCCCUUCCCCAUAAUCCCAAUUUGUGCCACCAAUAAGUGAGAAACCUACAUGCCCAAGUAUAGAUGAUAUAUUGUGUUCCCUACAGGUUAUAGAAAAGAGCAAAAGCUCUGAACUAUCCAUUCAGACCUCAGUCCUACCAACCUACAGGUUAUGAAAAAUUUGCUCUUUGAGAUUUUUGUCCAGUAGGUUUCCUAAAGGAGAAAUCCCAAACUCCUAUGUCAAAGAUCCCCCCCCCCCCAAAAAAAAGACUACACUAAAUACUACAGUAAUGUCCGCAAAACCAAUAAAGUAAAUAACACAGUAUACUACAGUUUGCAAAAACAGUACAGUAAUUACUAUAGUAUAGACUACAGUUGUUUUUUACUAUGGUAUUUAUACUAAAGUCAACUGUAAAUACUAUAGUAUUUAAACUUUAAGUAUUUUUUUAUCUGGGGUACUCCACAUAUUUACAUUACAUUUACAACACAUGUAAGUGACAGCCAGUCCCAUGGUCUGAUAAGGGGAUGUCAUGUUGUUUCCUGAUAGGUCCAGGCCAACCAGGAGAAGGCCUUGACCCUGUUCGGCCAGCUACUCACCAAGAAGCACUUCCUGUUGACGUUCAUCCGCACCCUGGAGGCGCAGCGCUCCUUCUCCAUGCGUGACCGCGGCAAUGUGGCGUCGCUCAUCAUGACAGCGCUGCAGGGGGAGAUGGAGUACGCCACAGGGGUUCUCAAACAGCUUCUCUCUGACCUCAUCGACAAGAACCUGGAGAGCAAGAACCACCCCAAGCUGCUACUGCGCCGGUGAGACGGACACAUUCACACACUUGUCCAAUGACACAUUCACACAAUCACCCACUCACACAUACGUCUGCUGACACACUCACUCACACAUUUGUUGUAUCACACAUUUCUUAACACACUGACUUGUGUACAACUGUUUAAUAAAUCAUAUUACUCUUACAUACAGUGCAUUCGGAAAGUAUUCAGACCCCUUGACUUUUCCCACAUUAUGUUACGUUACAGCCUUAUUCUAAUAAUGAUUAAAUUAAUUGUUUUCCUCAUCAAUCCACACACAAUACCCCAUAAUGACAAAGCGAAACAGGUUUUUAGAAAUGUUUGCAAAUGUAUAAAAAAAAAAAAAAACUGAAAUACCUUAUUUACAUAAGUAUUCAGACCCUUUUCUAUGAGACUCGAAAUUGAGCUCAGGUGCAUCCUGUUUCUAUUGAUCAUCCUUGAGAUAUUUCUACAACUUGAUUGGAGUCCACCUGUAGUAAAUUCCAUUGAUUGGACAUGAUUUGUAAAGGCACACACCUGUCUAUAGCUUGAGAGUCCCACAGUUCACAGUGCAUGUCAGAGCAAAAACCAAGCCAUGAGGUCGAAUGAAUUGUCCGUAGAGCUUCGUGACAGGAUUGUGUCGAGGCACAGAUCUGGGGAAGCGUACCAAAAAAUGUAUGCAGCAUUGAAGGUCCCCAAGAACACGGUGGCCUCCAUCGUUCUUAAAUGGAAGACGUUUGGAACCACCAAGACUCUUCUUAGAACUGGCCGCCCGGCCAAACUGAGCAAUCGGGGGAGAAGGGCCUUGGUCACUCUGACAGUUCCUCUGUGGAGAUGGGAGAACCUUCCAGAAGGACAACCAUCUUUGCAGCACUCCACCAAUCAGUCCUUUAUGGUAAAGUGGCCAGACGGAAGCCACUCCUCAGAAAAAGGCACAUGACAGCCUGCUUGGAGUUUGCCAAAAGGCACCUAAAGGACUCUCAGACCAUGAGAAAAAAUAUGAUCUGGUCUGAUGAAACCAAGAGUGAACUCUUUGGCCUAAAUGCCAAGCGUCACGUCUGGAGGAAACCUUGCACCAUCCCUACGGUGAAGCAUGGUGGUGGCAGCAUCAUGCUUUGGGGAUGUUUUUCAGUGGUAGGGACUGGGAGACUAGUAAGGAUCGAAGGAAAGAUGAACGGAGCAAAGUACAGAGAGAUCCUUGAUGAAAACCUUCUCCAGAGCGCUCAGGACCUCAGACUGGGGCGAAGGUUCACCUUCCAACAGGACAAUGACCCUAAGCACACUGCCAAGACAACGCAGGAGUGGCUUCGGGACAAGUCUCUGAAUGUGCUUGAGUGGCCCAGCCAGAGCCCGGACUUGAAGCCAAUCGAACAUCUCUGGAGAGACCUGAAAAUAGCUCCCCAUUCAAACUGACAGAGCUUGAGAGGAUCUGCAGAGAAGAAUGGGAGAGACUCCCGAAAUACAGGUGUGCCAAGCUUGUAGCGUCAUACCCAAGAAGAAUCGAGGCUGUAACCACUGCCAAAGGUGCUUCAACAAAGUACUGAGUAAAGGGUCUGAAUACUUAUGUAAAUGUGAUAUUUCCGUUUGUUUAAUUUUUUAUAUAUUUGCAACAAUUUCCAUUUUUUUUUUUUGCUUUGUCAUUAUGGGGUAUUGUGUGUAGAUUGAUGAGGGAAAACAACUAUUCUAUCCAUUUUAGAAUAAGGCUGUAACGUAACAAAAUGUGGAAAAAGUACAUAUUGUAUUUCCCUAUUCUCUCAAACCAUAUAGCCAUUGGUGUAGUGGAGGGUAAACGCAAGUAAACACAGUUUAGCCACCUUUUUGUUGCCCAACAGUUAACAAUUUUUGCAGAAAAAGUCAUUCAAAAUAUAGGGAGCGUUACUUUUUUCACCGUGACCGCCGAUCAGGGUUUACACAAUCAUUUUUUUAACACUACAUCACUAUAUAUAGCCAAACCAAGAUGGAGGACUUAAACCCAAACAAAUGGCCAAAUCAAAGUCUUAGUUAAAGAUGCACUGUGCUGAAAUCGCUCCGCCAUUCCCUGGUUGCAAAAAUUAUAAUAGUUCGCCUAAUUUCAGCUUAUGUGACAAAACAAGCAAGUACAGUGUAAAGAAUCAUUGUACCAUCUAAACCGCUGAAUUUUUUUUUUUCCAUAACCAAAAAUAUUGUAUUUUCAGCUGUUUGAAGUUGGUGUGCAAAACCGAACGUAAAAGACGCAAAAACUAAACUUAAGCACGAGAAGCAUAGAAAUAGCUCACAGAACAGAUCUACCACUUCUUUGACUUGCUUUCAAUGAGAAUGACCGAUCUAUAACUCAUAUUUCUAUGUGAAUUUGGUCAGGUUGCCCAAAAAGUUACAUAUUGCAGCUUUAGGGGUGUUUUGUAGAAGUUUUCUUCCUAUCACCCCUCCUCCCUGUGCCGCCUUUUAAUAUAGAUUAACUAGAUAAUUAAGGAGAGAAAGUAGCUUUUCUAGCCGCUGUAGGGGGAGGAGAAAGGGGAAACGGAAAAGGAGCAUGCUGUUUGCCCAGGUUUCCUCUCUGGAUAUUAGGAUAAAUAAAUUGCAGUAGAUUUUAAUUGCUCCUCGUCUGGGGGACAUUUCAGGGGUCUUUGUUCGUUAGGCAACAGGUUUAUGAUUAACGAGAGAAGUUACCCAAUUAUGAUAAUUGUCUGUUUUUAAUGAAGAUUGGUUGUUUGCUUUGAGAAUAAAGUAUUUGUUUUAAGACCUUUUUCCACUUAUGGAAGUAUCAGUAUUAGUCUAAAACUAAAACUAGAUUUAUUCCUAGUUAGUUUUGAGGUAUAGCUGCAAUUUCUUCUAGUUGAUUAUUUACUUCUAGUUGAUUAUUGAACUAUCAUGUCUUAUUUAGCCUCCUCUUGCCUUACAUUUCUCUGUUAGAACGGAGUCUGUUGCUGAGAAGAUGCUGACCAACUGGUUCACUUUUCUCUUGUACAAGUUCCUAAAGGUAAGCCCACCAUCAAAACACCAAACUUAGCUCUGACCAGAUGAGCUAGCAACCCCUCAACUCCACCACUCUCUCUCUUCUAUCAAUUGUGAUUCGUUUUGUUUUCCCCCUUCCCUGUUUCUCAUUAUGGGUUAGGACACUAUUAGUCUUUUAGUCUGUUUAAGGCUCCAACUAGAGACGUUUCUCUUUAUUUCAUUCGUUUGUUGCGUCAUUAUUUCUUUGACGGAUAUGUUCUAGCCUGCGGUCAUUAGGAGCUGUGGGGGUGUGGCGUUCAACUGGUCCUUCUCUCUUCACUCUCCUCUCACUCUCCCUCACUCCCUCGUGGAAGAGUGUAAAAUUACCCCCUAAUGAAGCCGGGAUGUGGAAAUAAAGAUAAUUUCACAGACAAGCGUGCCGUGGUGAGGGGUAGGGAGUGAUGUAAGCGUGUUCCCUAUCGUUAGCAGCUGUCUGGUUAAUUAGCGCAGAUGCUAACGAGACGUUAACAGCAUAUGUAGGGAGAGAGAGGGAGAGUUUGUAUUUGUAUUUAUUAUGGAUCCCCAUUAGCUGUUGCCAAAAUCCAUGUGUACAUGUGUGUAUAGUGCGUAUGUUAUCGUGUGUUUGUAUGCAUGUGUCUAUGUUUGUGUUGCUUCACAGUCCCUGCUGUUCCAUAAGGUGUAUUUUUAUCUGUUUUUUAAAUCUAAUUUUACUGCUGGCACGAGUUACUUGAUGUGGAAUAGAGUUCCAUGUAGUCAUAGCUCUAUGUAGUGCUGUGCUCCUCCCAUAGUCUGUUCUUGACUUGGGGACUGUGAAGAGACCUCUGGUGGCAUGUCUUGUGGGGUAUGCAUGGGCUGCUGCAUAGGAGUCAGGAGAGGACACUGGAGGUGGAGACUUAGCUAGCUUCUUGUCUCCAUUCUCCCCCUCUCACAGUUAACUACCCACGGGCACAGAUGUCAGUUCAACGUCUAGUUUUGAUUUACAUUUGGUUGGUUGUCAACUAACGUGAAUUCAAUGGGAAAUCAACAUGUCAUUGGAUUUAGGUGAAAUUCCCUUACGUUGAUUACUUUUUUCAAAUCAAAUCAGUUUUCUACGUUGAUUCAACGUCAUCACAUUAAAUGAUGUGGAAACAAUGUUGAUUCAACCAGUUUAUGCCCAGUGGGGAUCUUCAGUCUCCUUGCCUGACGACUCAAACUGAAUUAUUCCGCUGCUUUAUGUUCACUACAUACUUCAGUCUGAGUCUGCCAUCAUCGUUGUUUGUGGUAAUGUCAAAAUGAGGGGGGUUGUACAAAACAAAGUAAUCAGCGAUUGGAUCAUCUCUAACCAAUCAGUAAUUUUCGAAACACCGCUUUACCCAUGUGUUUUCUGGCUCUGGCCCAACCCAUCGGUUUCUGGGACCAAUCAGAAUGGUUAGAAUGUGUUUGCGUUCUAGAAAUCGUCAGGGAUGUACUCAGAUCCAAACUCUUUGCAGAGAAGACAUUUCCCUGGUUAGUAUAUAGAUAAUCUUUGCUACUGCAGAUAUUUGGAAAAAUAUAGCUUUGGACAACUGCAAAAGUGUUGCUACAGCUCUCACAAACAUUGCUGCCCUGAAUUUAGCUGGGUAGAAGUAGAGGGACUACUUUCUGGAGGGCAAUACCAUGCCGACUCAUGUGUUUACAUGUGUGGGUGGGGUGGGGCUAAGGCUUAAGAGGGUAUGCUGAAUGGGCGUUAACAAAGAAGGCUCCUGAGUGGCGCAGUGGUCUAAGGCACUGCAUCGCAGUGCUAACUGUGCCACUAGAGAUCCUGGUUCGAAUCCAGGCUCUGUCGCAGCCGGCCGCGACCGGGAGACUCAUGGGCGGCGCACAAUUGGCCCAGUGUUGUCCAGGGUAGGGGAGGGAAUGGCCGGCAGGGAUGUAGCUCAGUUGAUAGAGCAUGGCGUUUGCAACGCCAGGGUUGUGGGUUCGAUUCCCACGGGGGGCCAGUAUAUAUAAAAAAAAUAUGUAUUCACUAACUGUAAGUCGCUCUGGAUAAGAGCGUCUGCUAAAUGACUAAAAAUGUAAAAAAAAAAGAUCUCUCUAGGAAGUGUAAAAAUCUCAUCAAAUUCUUUCAAAGGGCAUUUUCUCCUACUUAAGUGGGAUAAGCAGCAUUACUUUCCCAUGUUUCCUCCAACCAUUUUGAAGCUCUGAAUCUGUACUUUCAUAAAAUGCUAAAAUAAGCAAAUCACUUACAUUUGAUAUAAGCCUCAAUAGAGAAAUCUGGAUACUUAUGCAUGUGCUUAUUUCUCACCUUCCGCUUUAAAGAUAUCAACUUUUUGAUUGCUGAUAAAUGGCGGAGAGAGGGUAAGAGGUAAGGAGUUUUGAGUGUGUUUUAAAGUGGGAGAGAUAAAUGCUAUGCCUAUCAAGCACUUAGAGUGAUUGAUCUCUCUCUCUCUCUCUCUCUCUCUCUCUCUCUCUCUCUCUCUCUCUCUCUCUCUCUCUCUCUCUCUCUCUCUCCUACAGCCCAUGCAUUUCUAACAUGGUGAAGGGCUUCCUAAGCACUUCCUCUCAAUCGUUAACCUCGUAUUAGUUUCAGCCUCAGCUGCCACCUGGCUGUCCUCUCUCUCACUCUGCUUUAAACUAUUUCUCUUUUUAAGAGGGGUGAGUUUUUCUUGGGUCUGAGCUGGGGGUAAUGACACUAUUGAUUGGCAAGUGCCCGUGAUAGCGCAAGCGCAGGAAACAUUUAUAUUAGACCACCCUAGCGCUCUGUCGAUUAGGCCAGUGAGAAGAUACAGGAGAAUAGCAUUGCCUCAUUGCCAACAAAUGUCGUGUUAAAUGCAUACCUGUUAAGAUAUACACUGAGUGUACAAAACACCUGCUCUUUCCAUGACAUAGACUGACCAGGUGAAUCCAGGUGAAAGCUAUGAUCCCUUAUUGAUGUCACCUGUUAAAUCCUAUUCAAUCAGUGUAGAUGAAGGGGAGGAGACAGGUUAAAGAAGGAUUUCUAAGCCUUGAGACAUGGAUUGUGUAUGUGUGUCAUUCAGAGGGUGAAUGGGCAAGACAAAAAGGGGUAUAGUAGUAGGUGCCAGGCACACCGGUUCGAGUGUGUCAAGAACUGCAACGCUGCUGGGUUUUUCACGCUCAACAGUUUCCCGUGUGUAUCAAGAAUGGUCCACCACUCAAAGGACAUCCAGCCAACUUGACACAACUGUGGAAAGCAUUGGAGUCAACAUGGGCCAGCAUCCCUGUGGAAUGAUUUUGAAACCUUGUAGUCCCAUGCCCUGACAAAUUGAGGCUGUUGUGAGGGCAAUAGGGGGUGCAACUCAAUAUUAGGAAGGUGUUCUUAAUGUUUUGUACACUCAGUGUAGAUACAUGUGGUUAAGCAAUUGCAUUGACUUUGUUCAAUUUAAUCCUAAAGGCCACUGGUCCCAAGCUUCAGCCCGUACCUCUCACUGAUGGUCUGUGUCCCUGUCUCUAGGAGUGUGCUGGUGAGCCUCUGUUCAUGCUGUACUGUGCCAUGAAGCAGCAGAUGGAGAAGGGGCCUAUAGACUCUAUCACAGGAGAGGCUCGCUACUCCCUCAGUGAGGACAAGCUCAUCAGACAGCAGAUCGACUACAAGACCCUGGUGAGUGCUGUCAACUAGAAAUAUUUUACAGGACGAUAAGGAUUUUUAAUCAAAUGUAUGAUUUACCUUUGAGAAGGCAGUGAGGUUUGUAGGAUUUGUCAUUACCUCAGUGACCCUAAUUAGUGCUUGCUGCUUGAGUAGUCAAUUCGAAUAGCUGCAAAUGCCAACUUAUUUAACUGAACAGAGCUGAACCUAAUUCUGCUCCCCUCCCUCCCCUGCCAGACUCUCCACUGUAUGAACCCGGAGAACGAGAACGCCUCGGAGGUGACAGUGAAGGGGCUGAACUGUGACACCAUCACCCAGGUGAAGGAGAAGCUGCUGGAUGCUGUUUACAAGGGCAGCCCCUACUCCCAGAGACCCAAGGCUGGGGACAUGGACCUGGGUAAGAAGACCAGUGCUUAGUGAGUGUGUGUGUGUGUGUUUGUGUUUACUGUGUGUCGGGGCUGCCUGCCUGCCUGUCUGCCUGGCUGUCUGCCUGCCUGUCUGUCUGUCUGCCUGUCUCCGCUCAAUUCUCAUCCUCAUCUUCUCUUCACAGAGUGGCGUCAGGGCAGGAUGGCCAGAAUCAUCCUUCAGGAUGAGGAUGUCACCACCAAGAUCGAUAAUGACUGGAAACGCCUCAACACACUGGCCCACUAUCAGGUGAGAGCAGAGGGCUGGGAGUGAGUGGGCUGGGGUUGCCAUAGUGUGGUUAUAUCUAUGCAAACAGACAGUGCAUGGAGUGAUUGACAAGACAACAUUUACAAGACAGCCCUUUGUUUUUCAAUCCUUUUAGGUGACGGACGGCUCAGUGAUCGCUCUGGUGCCAAAGCAGAACUCGGCCUACAACAUAUCCAACUCCUCUACCUUCACAAAGUCUCUCAGCAGAUAUGGCGAGUCUCUCUUUCUCCUUUCUUUUUCCCUCAAUCUCUCUCUCAAUCUCUGUCUUUCCCUCUCUGUCUUUCUUGAUAGUAAGCAAGAUUUGACUCAGCCUCUCUGAAUAGAGAGAACCAUAAAUCCACCAAUAUCAAGCCAACACCAUUUAAGAGGCAUUUCCACCAUCUAGGAAAUAACAGGCAUUACAUCAGACACCUCACUCCUCCUGCCAGAGACUGAAGACCAAUAGCUAACACAGACACACCUCUGAACACAGCCUCAGCUGUACAUCACAACAGUGUAACCAGCUCUCUGGCAAAAGCCUUUUUUCCGAGGGCUUUCACCUUUGUUGUUUUCCCUUCUCUCUCCUCAAGUGUGUCUGUGUGUUAAGGGGUUACGAUAGCAACGCUGACAGGCCAGUGAAAGCCAGGCUGGUUUGUUAGUCCACAGAGAGAAUAGCCAAGCCCUGGCUGUUGUAAGAGCAGACGUAAACGUCCACCACUCUCCCCCAGAAAACCAAUGGACAUGAAAUGUACAGGCACUCAAGCAGCAGUAGCAACAGCAGCAGUAGUAGCAGCCUCAUUUUACAUUUACAUUUUACGUCAUUUAGCAGACGCUUUUAUCCAGAGCGACUUACAGUUAGUGCAUACAUUAUUCUUUUUUAUUUUCAUACCCCAUGGGAAUCGAACCCACAACCCUGGCGUUGCAAACGCCAUGCUCUACCAACUGAGCUACCUCCCUGCCGGCCAUUCCCUCCCCUACCCUGGACGACGCUGGGCCAAUUGUGCGCCGCCCCAUUGGUCUCCCGGUUGCGGCCGGCUAAAGCAGAGCCUCAUGAUGAAAGUCCAAUAGAAGUAGGAGUACUAUUGGCUGCUGGGAGAGUGGCUACAGUGGAGAAAAUGUUCUGGUGUGAACAAGCUGAUACUGGGUUGACAAGGUCGUUGGCAUGGAGACCAAUCUUAGUCACACUGGUUCCGUUUUCGUUUCGGUCAUCACUGGUUUUAACACCUCCACUAGAAAUACAGUUGAAGUCGGAAGUUUACAUACACUUAGGUUGGAGUCAUUAAAACUCAUUUUUCAACCACUCCACAAAUUUCUUGUUAACAAACUAUAGUUUUGGCAAGUCGGUUAGGACAUCUACUUUGUGCAUGACACAAGUAACUUUUCCAACAAUUGUUUACAGAUUAUUUCACUUAUAAUUCACUAUCACAAUUCCAGUGGGUCAGAAGUUUACAUACACUAAGUUGACUGUGCCUUUAAACAGCUUGGAAAAUUCCAGAAAAUGAUGUCAUGGCUUUAGAAGCUUCUGAUAGGCUAAUUGAAAAUAAUUUGAGUCAAUUGGAGGUGUACCUGUGGAUGUAUUUCAAGGCCUACCUUCAAACUCAGUGCCUCUUUGCUUGACAUCAUGGGAAAACCAAAAGAAAUCAGCCAAGACCUCAGAAAAAAAUUUGUAGACCUCCACAAGUCUGGUUCAUCCUUGGGAGCAAUUUCCAAACGCCUGAAGGUACCACGUUCAUCUGUACAAACAAUAGUACGCAAGUAUAAACACCAUGGGACCACGCAGCCGUCGUACUACUCAGGAAGGGGACGCAUUCUGUCUCCUAGAGAUGAACGUACUUUGGUGCAACAGCAAAGGACCUUGUGAAGAUGCUGGAGGAAACAGGUACAAAAGUAUCUAUAUCCACAGUAAAACGUGUCCUAUAUCUCUGUUUGGCCAUAAUGACCAUCGUUAUGUUUGGAGGAAAAAGGGGGUUGCUUGCAAGCCGAAGAACACCAUCCCAACCGUGAAGCACGGGGGUGGCAGCAUCAUGCUGUGGGGGUGCUUUGCUGCAGGAGGGACUGGUGCACUUCACAAAAUAGAUGGCAUCAUGAGGAAAGAAAAUGAUGUGGAUAUAUUGAAGCAACAUCUCAAGACAUCAGUCAGGAAGUUAAAGCUUGGUCGCAAAUGGGUCUUCCAAAUGGACAAUGACCCCAAGCAUACUUCCAAAGUUGUGGCAAAAUGGCUUAAGGACAACAAAGUUAACGUAUUGGAGUGGCCAUCACAAAGCCCUGACCUCAAUCCUAUAGAAAAUGUGUGGGCAGAACUGAAAAGGCGUGUGCGAGCAAGGAGCCCUUCAAACCUGACUCAGUUACACCAGCUCUGUCAGGAGGAUGUCACGCCCUGACCUAGAGAACUCUUGUUGGUUGGGUCAGGGUGUGAGUUCAGUUUGAGAUCUAUGUUAUGGUAUUUCUAUGUUGGAUUCUAGUAUUUGUAUUUCUAUGUUUCUAUGUUUGGCCGGGUGUGAUUCCCAAUAAGAGGCAGCUGUCGCUCGUUGUCUCUGAUUGGGGGUCAUACUUAGUUGUGGGAUCUUGACUUGCGGUUGGCUUGUUGUUUUGUAGCCACUGUUUGAGCUUCACGUUUCGUUGUUUUGUUAUUUUGUCAAGUGUUUAUUCGUAUUAAUAAACAUGUACGCAUACCACGCUGCACCUUGGUCUGACCCGUCUCUCAACGAUCGUGACAGAGGAAUGGGCCAAAAUUCACCCAACUUAUUGUGGGAAGCUUGUGGAAGGCUACCCAAAACGUUUGAUCGAAGUUAAACAAUUUAAAGGCAAUGCUACCAAAUACUAAUUGCGUGUAUGUAAACUUCUGACCCACUGGGAAUGUGAUGAAAGAAAUAAAAGCUGAAAUAAAUCAUUCUCGCUGCUAUUAUUCUGACAUUUCACAUUCUUAAAAUAAAGUGGGGAUUCUAACUGACCUAAAACAGGGAAUUCUUACUAGGAUUAAAUGUCAGGAAUUGUGAAAAACUGAGUUUAAAUGUAUUUGGCUAAGGUGUAUGUAAACUUCCGACUUCAACUGUAUGUGUAGCAGGAGUUAGUCUCGGUGUUUAAAUACUACAGGGCCCAUAUUUACAAAUUGUCUCAGAGUAGGAGUGCUGAUCUAGGAUCAGGUCCCGCCUGUUAUUCAUUAAGAUUUAGAAGGCAAAUUGUACUCCUACUCUGAGACGCUUUGUGAAUACCAGAAAUAAGUCUCUCACUGUUGCCGCUUGCUACAGACCCCCCUCAGCCCCCAGCUGUGCCCUGGACACCAUAUGUGAAUUGAUUGCCCCCCAUUUAUCCUCAGAGUUUGUACUGCUUGGUGACCUAAAUUGGGAUAUGCUUAAUACCCCAGCCAUCCUACAAUCCAAGCUAGAUGCCCUCAACCUCACGCAAAUUAUCAACGAACCUACCAGGUACAACCCUAAAUCCGUAAACAUGGGUACCCUCAUAGAUAUCAUCCUGACUAACAUACCCUCUAAAUACACCUCAGCUGUCUUCAACCAGGAUCUCAGCGAUCACUGCCUUAUUGCCUGCGUCCGUAACGGGUCCGCGGUCAAACGGCCACCCCUCAUCACUGUCAAACGCUCCCUAAAACACUUUAGCGAGGAGGCCUUCCUAAUUGACCUGGCCCAGGUAUCCUGGAUGGAUAUAGAUCUCAUUCCGUCAGUAGAGGAUGCCUGGUUGUUCCUUAAAAGUAAUUUCCUCUCAAUCUUAAAUAAACAUGCCCCAUUCAAAAAAUACAGAACUAAGAACCGAUAUAGCCCCUGGUUCUCCUCAGACUUGACUGCCCUUGACCAGCACAAAAACAUCCUGUGGCGUACAGCAUUAGCAUCAAAUAGCCCCCGCGAUAUGCAACUUUCAGGGAAGUUAGGAACCAAUAUACACAAGCAGUCAGGAAAGCAAAGGCUAACUUUUUCAAACAGAAAUUUGCAUCCUGUAGCACUAACUCCAAAAAGUUUUGGGACACUGUAAAGUCCAUGGAGAAUAAGAGCACUUCCUCCCAGCUGCCCACUGCACUGAGGCUAGGAAACACUAUCACCACCGAUAAAUCUACAAUAAUCGAGAAUUUCAACAAGCAUUUUGCUACAGCUGGCCAUGCUUUCCAUCUGGCUACCACUAACCCGGCCACCAACUCUGCACCCUCUGCUGCAACUUGCCCAUGCCCCCCCCGCUUCUCCUUCACACAAAUUCAGACAGCUGAUGUUUUGAAAGCGCUGCAAAAUCUGGACCCCUACAAAUCAGCUGGGCUAGACAAUCUGGACCCUUUCUUUCUAAAACUAGCCGCCGAAAUUGUCGCAACCCCUAUUACUAGUCUGUUCAACCUCUCUUUCAUAACGUCUGAGAUCCCCAGAGAUUGGAAAGCUGCCGCGGUCAUCCCCCUCUUCAAAGGGGGUGACACUCUAGAUCCAAACUGCUACAGACCUAUAUCCAUCCUGCCCUGCCUUUCGAAAGUAUUCGAAAGCCAAGUUAACAAACAGAUCAUCGACCAUUUCGAAUACCACCGUACCUUCUCCGCUAUGCAAUCCGGUUUCCGAGCUGGUCACGGGUGCACGUCAGCCACGCUCAAGGUCCUAAACGAUAUUAUAACCGCGAUUGAUAAUAGACAGUACUGUGCAGCCGUCUUCAUCGACCUGGCCAAGGCUUUCGACUCUGUCAACCACCGCAUUCUUAUUGGCAGACUAAAUAGCCUUGGUUUCUCAAAUGACUGCCUCGCCUGGUUCACCAACUACUUCUCAGAUAGAGUUCAGUGUGUCAAAUCGGAGGGCCUGUUGUCUGGACCUAUGGCAGUCUCUAUGGGGGUGCCACAGGGUUCAAUUCUUGGGCCGACACUUUUCUCCGUGUAUAUCAAUGAUGUCGCUCUUGCUGCUGGUGACUCUCAGAUCCACCUCUACGCAGACGACACCAUUUUGUAUACAUCUGGCCCUUCAUUGGACACUGUGUUAACAAACCUCCAAACGAGCUUCAAUGCCAUACAACAAUCCUUCAGUAGCCUUCAACUGCUCUUAAACACUAGUAAAACUAAAUGCAUGCUUUUCAAUCGAACGCUGCUAGCACCCGCCCACCCAACUAGAAUCACCACUCUCGACGGGUCUGACCUAGAGUAUGUGGACAACUACAAAUAUCUAGGUGUCUGGUUAGACUGUAAACUCAACUUCCAGACUCACAUAAAGAAUCUCCAAUCCAAAGUUAAAUCUAGAAUCGGCUUCCUAUUUCGCAACAAAGCCUCCUUCACUCAUGCUGCCAAACAUGCCCUCGUAAAACUGACUAUCCUACCGAUCCUUGACUUCGGCGAUGUCAUUUACAAAAUAGCCUCCAACACUCUACUCAGCAAACUGGAUGUAGUCUAUCACAGUGCCAUCCGUUUUGUCUCCAAAGCCCCAUACACUACCCACCACUGUGACCUGUACGCUCUUGUUGGCUGGUCCUCACUACAUGUUCGUCGUCAAACCCACUGGCUCCAGGCCAUCUAUAAAUCACUGCUAGGCAAAUCCCCGCCUUAUCUUAGCUCAUUGGUCACCAUAGCAGCACCCACCCGUAGUCUGCGCUCCAGCAGGUAUAUCUCACUGGUCAUUCCCAAAGCCAACACCUCCUUUGGCCGCCAUUCCUUCCAGUUCUCUGCUGCCAAUGACUGGAACGAAUUGCAAAAAUCUCUGAAGCUGGAGACUCUUAUCUCCCUCAAUAACUUUAAGCAUCAGUUGUCAGAGCACCUUACCGAUCACUGCACCUGUACACAGCCCAUCUGAAAUUAGCCCACCCAACUACCUCAUCCCUAUAUUGUUAUUUAUUUUGCUCUUUUGCACCCCAGUAUCUCUAUUUGCACAUAAUCUCUUGCACAUCUAGCAUUCCAGUGUUAAUACUAUUGUAAUUAUUCUGCACUAUAGCCUAUUUAUUGCCUUACCUCCAUAACUUGCUACAUUUGCACACACUGUAUAUAUAUUUUCUGUUGUAUUUCUGACUUUGUUUUUUUACCCCAUAUGUAACUCUGUGUUGUUUUUAUUGCACUACUUUGCUUUUUCUUGGCCAGGUCGCAGUUGUAAAUGAGAACCUGUUCUCAACUGGCUUACCUGGUUAAAUAAAGGUGAAAAAAAAUAAAAAAUACAGGCCCAGAUCUCAGUAGAAUGAAUUGGGUAUAUUCAGGUCAGUGCUCUUAUGCCCCACUGUUCUUUUAAUUGUGUCUAGUGGAAAGAAACAACAAACCAAGAAGCACUGACACACAUUAGUCUAGCAGUGUUUCCAGCACCAUCUCUCUGUGUCAUUGAGUUUCUGAACUUCACUUCUCUCAUCCUCUCACCCUGAAAGCCAGGGUGAUCUCCCUGCGCUCAGACACUCAGAAGCUCAGAAGCCCCCAGCGUCACUCUAUCAUUCAGACAGUCUGAUAGAGAUAGAUUGAAGUUGUUUUUUCUCCCUCCGUUCUCUCAUCCCUCCCUCCAUACACCUGAAUUCUGGCCACCCUCCCUCCUCUCCAGGCAGCCUCCCUCCCUCCUCUCCAGGCAGCCUCCCUCCCUCCUCUCCAGGCAGCCUCCCUCCCUCCUCUCCAGGCAGCCUCCCUCCCUCCCAUGCUGGCUGCCACUGCAGCAGGCUGGCUGAUAAGAGGAACACGGCAGAUAGGCAUCUCUUUGGUCUCCCGUAAUGAAGUUUGACACUCACACCAUUAAUAAUGAAGCAGUGCAUGGAGGCAGGCGGCCCCCGGGAGGAGACGAGAUGAGAGGAGGGAGACAGAAACUCACACAAUGGAGCCUGUACAGCCUGACUCAUACAGUACCACAGGAAGGGAGGAUAUUGGUGUUGUGUAUGGGUUCUAUUAUAUCCACCACUCUAACAUUAUGGGUCAUUUGGGGUGGGGAGAGGGACGAGAUGGAGAUGGAAGGGCUGGUUGUAAAAACCUGUUGAAGAAGAUAAGACAGAAAGCAGAUUCUCUAUCCUAUCUCCUCUCUCGGCCCUGGCACAAUGAAGAAGAGGUGCGCCAUUUUCGUUCUCCCACUUCGCUAAUUAGUUAUAGUCUGCCAAUUGAGUGUAAUGAGUUAGCCAUCGCUCCUCGUUCCUUAGUUGAGGCCUAAUCAUUUCUCUCACCAUCCAUCCACCUUUCUGAUGUGCAAUAGGAGUUUAUAUAAUAGGAGAGGCUACAGGGAUAUGUUGUCUUGCUCAUUAAUGUUCUCUCCAUCUCAGAGGUCAGGUCCCAGUGGAUUAUGGGUUGUGACCUUGUGACAGACAAACUGAUACUCUGCUCCUCAAGCUGGCACAGUCUUUGUUCUGGCUGGAUGACUGCCAGAUAUAGACAGCCCAUAGAGCCCUUUCUUCACCAGACUAAAUAUGUUUGUUUUCUAAUUUAUGUUUGUACACUACGUGCAGCGCUUGGCAAGGGUCAGAUCAAUACACAUUUUUAAAGCAACAUUUUGAUCUGAAAUGUGUGAUUAAACAAGUGUGUCACAGUUGAAGUUCUCAUAACACAAUAGCACAUGGAACCAUAAACAUUAAAACCAGUAGAUAGUGAUAGCACUGACGUCAUCCACGUAUUCCAAUGGAAAACUCCUGAUGGCGCAUGACGUAUUUGAAGCGUGCCAUAUUGCUGAAUGCCGAUUGUAAUUUACAUAGGCUUUCUAGGGAAGACCAGUGCUUUUGGCACCAGCCGAGCUCGUGACUUCACGCUCCAGACCGGACACUGGGGGCCUGCAUGGAACCAGGGAGUCAGACUGGUGUUCUGUUCUGUUCUGGUCAUCUUGUUCCAUUGACCCCUAUAGACCUCUGCAUUGCGUGUUCCUGAUUAACCUCUUAAGGAUCGGAACCUUUUUUUCGCAUAAAUGACAUACCCAAAUCUAACUGCCUGUAGCUCAGGACCUGAAGCAAGGAUAUGCCUAUUCUUGAUACCAUUAGAAAGGAAACACUUUGAAGUUUGGGGAAAUGUGAAAUUAAUGUAGGAGAAUAUAACACAUUAGAUCUGGUAAAAGAUAAUACAAACAAAAAAACAUGAGUUUUUUUUGUUCCAUCAUCUUUGAAAUGCACACAGAAAGGCCACAAUAUAAUAUUGCAGUUUAGGCGCAAUUUAGAUUUUGACCACUAGAUGGGAGCAGUGUGUGUGCAAAGUUUCAGAUUGAUCAAGUGAAGCAUUGCAAUACUGGACUAUUUUGUAUCAAGUCUGCCCAAAUGUGCCGAAUUGGUCAAUUGAUACAUUUUCAAGUACAUAACCAUAGAGAAAAUGAUAUGUCACCUACAAGGACACCGAUCCCGUAGAGGUUAACCUGCCUUUCUCCUGAUGGCCUUGUCUUUGUUCUGAUGUGCCUAUCUCUCUCGUCUCCAUCCAGAGAGCAUGUUGCGGACAGCCAGCAGUCCAGACAGUCUGCGCUCCCGCACUCCCAUGAUCACGCCCGACCUGGAGAGUGGUACCAAGCUGUGGCACCUGGUCAAGAACCACGACCACUCUGACCAGCGCGAGGGAGACCGCGGCAGCAAGAUGGUCUCUGAGAUCUAUCUGACCCGUCUGCUCGCCACGAAGGUAAGAUUACAUAGACACCAGACCAACCUAUACCACGCCUACAGAAAUUACAUGUACUGUUGAUGUAAGUCAACUUUAAUAUCUGAAUGUUGAGUAAGUCAUUGUAAUGCCCUCCAUAUGUAAAGAGUUUUUCCUGGUUAAAGAGGACCUAUCUUCUUCGGUAGUCCCUUGAUGUGCUUGUCUCUGCUAAAUGGCUAAAAUGUAAACAGCUCAGCCUCCAUUGCUGUAUUCUUCUGGCGUCCCUCAGACAAUUCCCUGCUAAAGGGCUUGCCUGCCUGCCACUCUCCUCCUCUCGUCUAGCUGCCUCAGAGCUGAUUGUUUCGCUCCUAAUUGUAGGGAAAGAAAAAAAAAAGGAAAUUAGACGCUGUUUACAAGCCUCUUGGGUGGUCAAUUUCGAUUCAUAAUUUUUUUAAAAGAUGGAUAAAUAUAAUGCGGGGAGUAGAGAAGGAUAAAUAGCAGGAGACAAGUCAUUUGUUGUGGGAUUGAGUGUUUUGUGGCGCAUGAUGCAGAGAAGCGAAUGGAAUUUGAUCUUGGAGGAGCAGAAUGUGGCAUCCUCUCCACAGCCACUCCCCCUUAAUGGGGGAAAUUAAUCUCAGUUGUUUGAUUUGAAAUCUGUAGGUGUGUAAUUGGCGAAGAACUCUGACCACUUAGCCUCUCUCCUCUCAUCCCUACUCUCCUCAGGGUACGUUGCAGAAGUUUGUGGACGACUUGUUUGAGACCAUCUUCAGCACGGCUCACCGUGGCAGCGCCCUGCCUCUUGCCAUCAAGUAUAUGUUUGACUUCCUGGACGAGCAGGCUGACAAACACUCCAUAUCAGACUCAGACGUACGGCACACCUGGAAGAGCAAUUGGUGAGACACAUUACAGAACAAAUAGUAAUGGUUUGGUUGGCUGUUUCUUCUGUAUAUGUGUAUUUGGUUGAUGGUAUCCAUCUUCUCAUGAUGACUCUCAAUUCCCAGUUUGCCUCUGCGGUUCUGGGUGAACGUGAUCAAGAAUCCCCAGUUUGUGUUUGACAUCCAUAAGAACAGCAUCACAGACGCCUGUCUGUCUGUGGUGGCCCAGACCUUCAUGGACUCCUGCUCCACGUCAGAACACAAACUGGGCAAAGACUCGCCCUCCAACAAGCUGCUCUACGCCAAGGAUAUCCCCAACUACAAGAACUGGGUGGAGAGGUAUGAAUGACAGCGAGCUCAACUAUCUUCUAGUCUAUAAGAUUAUCAAUUUCAACGCUUUGUGACAUGAAGGUGUGGUCCUCUGUAGCUCAACUGGUAGAGCAUGGCGCUUGUAACGCCAGGGUAGUGGGUUCGAUCCCCGGGACCACCCAUACCUAAAAAAAUAAAAUAAAUGCACACAUGACUGUAAGUCGCUUUGGAUAAAAGCGUCUGCUAAAUGGCAUAUAUUUUUUUUAUAUAUAUAUAUAUAUAUAAGGUUGUUGACAAGUACUUGAUUGAGCCCUUUACCUUUUCAUCCCAGUCCUUCACAUACACAACUAAAGAGUUGUCCUCUCCAGUCCAGGAUGCUAACCCCCUCACUCUCUGCUCCCCUCCUGUCCUGUAGGUACUACUCCGACAUCUCCCGUAUGCCGGCCAUCAGUGACCAGGACAUGAGUGCCUACCUGGCUGAACAGUCCCGGCUGCACCUCAGCCAGUUCAACAGCAUGAGCGCUCUGCACGAGAUCUACUCCUAUAUCAUCAAGUACAAAGAUGAGGUGAGUCCCCAGUAUAUUAUUAAGCUAUUACAAUAUUAAUCAUAGACAUUAUAAUAGUUUAAUAAUAUAGAUAUCUAAUGUAUUUUAUUAAUAUAUGUUAGUCACAGCAUGAAGAGAUCAGAAUAUAAUUGCCAUUGGUUCUGUAUGUUAACACAGGGGUGAGACAGAAUAACUUUGUAUGUGCCCUCUAGUUUUCAUGAUGAAUGGAAUGUGGGCAUUCUAAUUCAAUUAAAAGAUAACUGAGUAUGCAUCCAUAAAUGCAUGCAGCUAUUUAAGUAAUUAAAGUACAUAUUAUGAAACUAAUGGACCUCAUUGGAUUUAUGUGUUUUAUUAAUUCUCCCAUGUGCUAUCCUUCCGGGGAGUUCAUUAACACAUUAUAUUCCAUGUGCAUGAAUAUAUUUCCCCACCAAAAUAGACAGACUAAUCAUUCUUGAAACGUUGCUUAUGCAUUGAGGCAGAGCCAGUGUAGUGUAACUACUCCAUGCAGGAGAUGUGAAUGAGACUGUACACUUAGUGCUAAUUCUCAGAGAGCUGAGCAGAGCCUGGAAAGGGCUAAAGUCAGUGACUCACGGAGACUGGGCUGUGGAAAUUGAGAGAUAAUGAGGUAGUGCAGAAGCAGAAGCUCCCUCCACUCUAUCCACUCCCAGCCAUUAGGACAGCCAGCCAGCCAGCCAGGGAGGAAGGCAAUGCUAGGAUAGCUACUGUACUGUACUCACUCUGAGAGAGUGUCUGCCGUGGCCUUCAAAAUCACGUAAACAAUGUGUGUCUCUGCUCAGACAAUUCCUUCUACCUUGUCGGUUAUAGUGCAUUGAGUGUGUGCUGUGAGAGGUUCAGGCAUCCUCUGUGCUUGCCUUUUCAAAGGGCAUGGGGGGAGAGAGCAUGGUGGUGGUGGAAGUGUGGGGGGUAUAUUCAGUCAUCUCCACUCAGCAUCAGACCCUACUUCUACCCCCCUCCCUCUCCCCUCAUCUCUCAGCAGUGCUGGUUCCUGUGUUUGAGGCAACAGCUGCAGCUGCCUCCAUUUAAGCAGCCGCUCCCCUUCAUUAAGGCUUAUUAUCCAGAUGCGGGCGGCUGCAGGGUCCUCCUCUCGCCCCCCUCAUCCGUCACAGCAGCACUAACACAUGAGGCAUUAGCACUCCAUUAUGUAGGCUCCUGCAUGAGUCACUAACAGCUUGUACACAACUACCUAUCUCUGAUGGACCCACCAGCACCUCCUCUUCCAGUUCCCAUAAUGCCAUAGUACAUACAGGACCUCAGCUGUGCUCUCUAUAUCCACCCCUCGCAGCUUCCAUCGUCAUCCACCUGUUUAAAUAAAAUGUUCAUCUAUGCAAUGUCAUACAGUGAGGGAAAAAAGUAUUUGAUCCCCUGCUGAUUUUGUAUGUUUUCCCAUUGACAAAGACAUGAUCAGUCUAUAAUUUUAAUGGUAGGUUUAUUUGAACAGUGAGAGACAGAAUAACAACAAAAAAAUCCAGAAAAACAUGUCAAAAAUGUUAUAAAUUGAUUUGCAUUUUAAUGAGGGAAAUAAGUAUUUGACCCCUCUGCAAAUCAUGACUUAGUACUUGGUGGCAAAAGCCUUGUUGGCAAUCACAGAGGUCAGACGUUUCUAGUAGUUGGCCACCAGGUUUGCACACAUCUCAGGAGGGAUUUUGUCCCACUCCUCUUUGCAGAUCUUCUCCAAGUCAUUAAGGUUUCGAGGCUGACGUUUGGCAACUCGAACCUUCAGCUCCCUCCACAGAUUUUCUAUGGGAUUAAGGUCUGGAGACUGGCUAGGCCACUCCAGGACCUUAAUGUGCUUCUUCUUGAGCCACUCCUUUGUUGCCUUGGCCGUGUGUUUUGGGUCAUUAUCAUGCUGGAAUACCCAUCCACGACCCAUUUUCAAUGCCCUGGCUGAGGGAAGGAGGUUCUCACCCAAGAUUUGACGGUACAAGUCCCCGUCCAUCGUCCCUUUGAUGCGGUGAAGUUGUCUUGUCCCCUUAGCAGAAAAACACCCCCAAAGCAUAAUGUUUCCACCUCCAUGUUUGACGGUGGGGAUGGUGUUCUUGGGGUCAUAGGCAGCAUUCCUCCUCCUCCAAACACGGCGAGUUGAGUUGAUGCCAAAGAGCUCGAUUUUGGUCUCAUCUGACCACAACGCUUUCACCCAGUUCUCCUCUGAAUCAUUCAGAUGUUCAUUGGCAAACUUCAGACGGGCCUGUAUAUGUGCUUUCUUGAGCAGGGGGACCUUGCGGGCGCUGCAGGAUUUCAGUCCUUCACGGCGUAGUGUUUUACCAAUUGUUUUCUUGGUGACAAUGGUCCCAGCUGCCUUGAGUUCAUUGACAAGAUCCUCCCGUGUAGUUCUGGGCUGAUUCCUCACCGUUCUCAUGAUCAUUGCAACUCCACGAGGUGAGAUCUUGCAUGGAGCCCCAGGCCGAGGGAGAUUGACAGUUCUUUUGUGUUUCUUCCAUUUGCGAAUAAUCGCACCAACUGUUGUCACCUUCUCACCAAGCUGCUUGGCGAUGGUCUUGUAGCCCAUUCCAGCCUUGUGUAGGUCUACAAUCUUGUCCCUGACAACCUUGUAGAGCUCUUUGGUCUUGGCCAUGGUGGAGAGUUUGGAAUCUGAUUGAUUGAUUGCUUCUGUGGACAGGUGUCUUUUAUACAGGUAACAAGCUGAGAUUAGGAGCACUCCCUUUAAGAGUGUGCUCCUAAUCUCAGCUCGUUACCUGUAUAAAAGACACCUGGGAGCCAGAAAUCUUUCUGAUUGAGAGGGGGUCAAAUACUUAUUUCCCUCAUUAAAAUGCAAAUCAAUUAAUAACAUUUUUGACAUGCGUUUUUCUGGAUGUUUUUGUUGUUAUUCUGUCUCUCACUCUUCAAAUAAACCUACCAUUAAAAUUAUAGACUGAUCAUUUCUUUGUCAGUGGGCAAACGUACAAAAUCAGCAGGGGAUCAAAAACUUUUUUCCCUCACUGUAUAGUAGACGUUCAACUUUCCAUGUUCAUACUGAGGUAAACUAUGGAUGUGAGAGCACUCUGCCUCUGUUUCCUUGUAUAUUUCUUAUAUAUUCAUGAGUAAACAGGUGUAUGGUGUUUGUAGGGAAAGAUAUCAACUGUUUGUAUGCUUCUACAUGAAAGUAUUUGGUAUUGUAAAUACCUAUAAAUAGCCUACUCAUGCCACCAUCACGGCAUGUUUGCUUCAACAGCUGUUUAAAAACUGACAGAUGUUCUGAUAGACUUUCUCUGUCGGUGAUCCACCCUGCUGAUCUAUUGACCCAUCUCCCGCUCUCCUUCUCUUCUUUCUCCCUCUCUCCUCUCUUCUCUCUCCUCCCUCCCCAGAUCCUGUCUGCGCUGCAGAAGGAUGAACAGUCUCGCAGGCAGAGACUGCGUAGUAAGCUGGAGCAGGUCAUCGACACCAUGGCCCUGGCCAGC